AUGAGGCUUCGCAGCGGAGCUCUUGCUCUGCUUUUGCUCCUGUUCGUCCACGCUGGAGGCCAGGAGCAGCGAGCAGCGGAGGCCCGCGGGGAUGCGUUCGUGAGGGUCCUGGGCACCCGCUUCGUGCACAACGGCAAGCCGCUCUUCGUCAGCGGGUUCAACACCUACUGGCUCAUGAACUUGGGCGCCGACCAAGCGAAGCAUGGGAUUAAGAUGAUUCUGAGCCUUGUGAACUAUUAUCAUGACUAUGGAGGGAGGAAGCAGUACGUGGAUUGGGCGAAGAACCAGGGGCAGAACAUUCCAUCUGACGAUGCAUUCUUCACUAACCCUGUUAUCAAGGGCUUCUACAUGAACCAUAUAAAGGCCAUUCUGACGAGGGUGAACACGUUGACCGGUGUGGCCUACAAGGACGACCCAACGAUCAUGGCGUGGGAGCUGAUGAAUGAGCCCCGUUGCCAGUGCGACGUGACCUGCCCCACCAUUUUCCAGUCGUGGAUCACGGAGAUGGCAGCGCACGUGAAGUCCAUCGACGGCAACCACCUGUUGGACGCCGGCCUGGAGGGCUUCUACGGCUUGUUGCCACCACUGUCCCGCAGCUCCAUGAACCCGCUGCGGCACGACAAGAUGGGCAUCGACUUCAUCGCCAACAACCAGGUGCCCGGUGUAAACGUGGAAGAGAUUGGGAAAGCACAGCGCACACAAUGA